AUGAAGAUUAAGGAACUAACUGAAGAGAACCAGCAGCUGAAUACACAAAACCAGGACCUGAAGACACAAAACCAGGACCUGAAGACACAAAACCAGGACCUGAAGACACAAAACCAGGAGCUGAAGUCAGAGAAGAACAUCUUAACAGAACAAAUACGAAACAUAGAGCAUAACGUUACUGUCGUCCAGGAGAUCUUUGAUGCCUACUGCCCAAUAAAAGAUGGAAACAGACAGUGUAAACCUUGCCUAGAUGGCUGGCUGUACCACCAGUCCAGCUGUUAUGUAAUCCAUAACGUUGAUACUGCUGAUCAGAAAACCUGGGAGGAAGCUCGACAGAACUGCAGAGGAAAGAAUUCAGACUUGGCUGUAAUAGUUAAUGAAGAUGAAAAGACAUUCAUCAGUGAUUACAGUUGGAACACUCCAGGACUCACUGGCUACUGGAUUGGACUGAGAGCUGAAGCAGAGAAAUGGAAGUGGAUCGAUGGAAGUGAUCUGACUGAAAAAUCCUGGAUGACACAACCUGUUAACAACGGCUACUGUGCAAUUUCUGUCCAUAACGAAGGAUGGAGAUCAGUGAGCUGUGGAAACAAAAACGGUUGGAUCUGCAAAAGGGCAGCCUUUUCUGUUUAAACAGUGAGAAGCCUCACAUGAGAAGGUUACUGGAUACUCUGUAAAGAUUAAUAACAUGUAAGAUCAAAUCAACUGGAUUGUAAAUAUCAAUGCAAAGAUUUUUUAUGCAGAAUGUGGGAUUUUUUUCUUGAAGCUAUUUAUGUACG